AUGGGGCUGAAAUCAAGGGCAGCAACAGUAUGCAUCUUAGACUUCAAGAAAAAAACACCGUUGCCUGUUACACAACAGGCAGAUUUAAAGAAAGAGAUUCAAGACUUCAGAAAAACAUUAAAGAAACGAACACUUCCAAUUGCUCCAAAGAAAAAAAUGGAUAUGGAACAGAUUGCACAAAUAUUGGUAAAUGCAGAGAAGAAAGAUUACGAGAAGAUUUGCUUAAAGUAUGGAGUUGUUGAUUUCCGUGGAAUGCUAAGAAAACUUCAGGAAAUGAAGAAAGAGAGAGAGGAUAAGCAAGCUCAAUAUGUGUACAGUAUUGCAAAUCUGAAGCAUCUGAAAGUCAAUAAAGAACGAAGAAAUGCUUCAUUUGACCUAGAGAUGGACCUGAAAAAUCCAGAGAGCAGAAUUUGCCUCUACAAAGAUGGCCAGAAGAUCAAUUUUAAUGAUGACAACUUAAAGCACCACCUACAGCAAGAGGGCAAAAACUAUCAUUUUACCAUCAAUGAUCUGCAGCCAGACGAUGCUGGCAUUUAUCAGGUCAAAGUAGAAGAUGUAGAUAUCUUCUCCACUGAACUGGAAGCAGAAAGCAUUAAAAACAUCCAAUCCUCUGAUAAAGAGACUUACUCCAUUGACACUGGAAGCUGUUCUUCAAGUACUUGGCUUGAAGUCAAAUCUUCUAAAGAAAAGAGAAAGCAAUCUGAAGAGGACAGUAGUGAUAAAGCUGGACAAUGGAGCAAACCAUUAGAUGAAGAGCAUGCUAAGAAACUUCACCAAGGAGAAAGGCAGAAAGAUCAAGAUCUCCUUGCAGACUUCAGCAUGGGCAAAGAUGCCCAGUAUGGGAAUGGCCAAGUUAGCAAUGCAGAGCUUUAUAACAGCCUGGGAAAAGAUGGAUCUUUGAGAAGUGAUGGGAAGAUAGGAUUUGAUCAGAAUGCAGUGUUAAAUAGAAAUAUCAGAGGAAUAGGUAGUUUGAUUAGCAAGACCUCCCAAUAUGGGAAAAAUACAAUGUUAGCUUUCAACACUGGACCUGAAGGUACAAAUGGAUCAGUGUUGGGAUUAGGCACUGCAAAAGUCAAUAGCAAUCAGUACAUUGUGGGAUACAAUGCUGGCUCUGGAGUUGGAUUUGACAUAUCAAGAAAGAUAGAAGGACUUUAUGGCAAGGAAGUUACAUUGGGUGAUUCUGAUCAAUUAGGAGUCAGGUUUGACAGUAAAGGAAGUCUCUGUAUUAAAGAUGGUGGGUUAAAUGGUGCAGAUAUGUUUUAUUUCAAGGAUAAUAAGCUCUCAGAUGAAAGUAGACCUUACAGAGAUGAUUGUGUAACAGCUGAGUUUGAUAUAACAGAAGGUGAUAUAGGAGUUGCAGGGAAAACUUAUGACAAAAAUAAUCAUUUAGGGGAAUCCAGGGGUCUUAAUCCUGAGCUUGAUGGCAUGAAAAAUGGCUGUGGCAAUAAUGAUAUGGCAUAUGGAAUUGGUAAUGGUGGAACAAUGAGUGAGAUUUAUGUCAACGAUGUAGUGCUAGCUGAAUCUGAGGUGGUGGCUAGAUUUCCUAGUGCUGGAGGGACAGUUAUGUAUAGUGGGAUAAAAGGAAUGUCAACUGAAUCAGACACUGAUAGACAUAAUGAUGCUGAAAGACUAAGAAGGCUAUAUAGCAAGGGUGAUAUGAUAGUUGAUGCUGGUGUUUGCAUAAGUGGCAAGAAGGAUGUAUUAAAGGGACCUGUUAGACCUGAUGGUGGAUAUUAUAAUAUGGAUGUUGUACUACAAGGAAUGAGUGCUUGUGACAACAUUGAUGGACUCUAUAAUAAGAAUGAUAUAUUAAGAGGCACAGGUACUAUUGGACAAGGUAGGGCCGCAAGCAUAAGCAGUCUUUAUUGUGAACAUUGUACACUUGAUGGAACUGUUGCUGGGGGACUUUACACUAUUAGAAACAUCAAUGAACAGCAUGGUAAAGAAGUUGAAAUAAAUGGAGCUAAUGCUAGAAGCAUAAGUGGACUUUAUGAUGGGAAACUAGGACUAAAUAUUAAAGAUGGUAAGCUAGGGAGAACAGAGGGACCUAGUGGACACUGUGGCAAGGAUGACGUGCUAGGUGAAAUAGACACUAAUAUAGCUGGUAGUGCUGGUGGAAUAGAUGCACAGAUUGGUAAGGGCGUCCUGCUAGAUGAAAUUGGAGCUAAUGAAUAUGGUAAUACUGUGAAUAUCAUAGGAAUCAAUAACAAGAAUGGAAUACCAAAUAAAGCGAGCAAUUGUGGAGCUGAUAGUUCUAGUGGACAUGAUAUGCUAUAUGGCAAAUGUUUUGGUGAUGCUAAGGACACUGAUAGAUUCUACAGAAAGGUUGCUAUACAAAAUGAAGCAGAUACUGCUGGACUGUCUGGCCAGAAUAUUAUGUCAUGUGGAUUUUAUUCAGAUGGUGGUGGUGAUGUUAGGGAAAUAGAUGGAUUUUGUGUGAAAGGUGAUAUAUUGGGAAAAGUAGGUCCUAGUGGAUUUGGAAUCUUUGACAAAAAUAGUAUGAUAAUUGGUACUGUAGAUGAUAAACUUAGUAGUGGUGAAAGAUUAGCUAGCAAAGCUAAUGUUAUUGGAGAAACAACUAGAAUGUAUGAUAAGAAUGGAAUGUCAAAUGGAUUUGUUAAUCUUGGAGGAGUUUCUGGAUAUGAUAAAGAUGGCAUGCUAAGUGGAACUGGUGCUAGUGGACCUGUUGGAGCUGGAAGCACUGCUGUAUUUUAUAGCAAGAACAGCAUGCCAAAUGAUACAAGUACUGCUAGACUUGUAUCCAUUGAGAAAGAAAAUGGAUUUAGAAUGGGUGAUAGAUUGAAUGGAGUCUGUGCUGGGAGUAAAUUCAAUGGCAAGGGUAAUAUGCCUGGUGUCACAGGCAGGAGAGAAGUUGAUUCUAAAGGCAUGGAUGAAUCUUAUGAUAAGGAUGGCAUACCAAGUAGAACAUGUGCUAUUGGAUAUUAUGGCUCAGUAGUACAUAAUCUACAUGACAAGGAUGGUAUUGAGAGUUUACCAUUAAAUGCAGGCACUAAUAAAUCUGGUGGCAUUGGUAAUAUAGAUGGAAACUUUGGCAAAGGCAAAAUGCCAAAUGUAGUAGACAUUUAUGGACUUGAUGGUAUUGGGAGAGUAGGUGGACAUAUUUUAUGUAGAGCAGGCCCAACUGGCUAUGUUGUUAUUGGUAGAAUUUAUGACAAAGACAGUGUAUUUAAUCAAUUUGGAGCUGGAAAUAUUGAGGGUGCAGGUGAAUCUCUUUGCACAGCAGGAGGAAAAGGCACUGAAUUCUGUGAAAGAAAUGAUGUAUCGAAAAAAGAGAUCUUAGAUAAACCUGAUGGUGCUAGUAUUGUAAGUGGACUUUAUGGAAAAAAUGGUUACCUCAUUGGAAAUGGUGUAGCUGGAGGAUUAGAUGGGCUUUAUGGUGAGAAUGGCGAGCCAGAAAAUAGAAACAUUAGUGGCGUAAGGGGAAUAAGUGGGCCAUAUGGUAAGGAUGAUGCAUUAUCUAGCACAAUUGCUGAUGAGGUAGGAUUUAAUAAUGAAAGAAACUUCCAUUAUCACUAUAAUGAAGAUGUCAUACACUGUGGAGAUAGUAUAGGAGUUAGAGAUGCUAAAGGAUCACUACAUGAGAAAAAGCCAGACAUACUUGUUGAAGAGUUCCUGAGCUAUGACCAGGCUUCUGGCCUUUAUGAUGCUGUAUCUCAUGCUGGUGACAGAAGAAAGGAGCUGUCUGAUUUAGAGGCCAGUGGAUCUACACCAGCUGAUUUUUCAAGGAAAGGGAGAGGAGAAAAACUGCUUGAAGAGGACUUGAGAGAACCACUUUGCCAUUUGCAUCAGCGUUUAUUUGAUGUCCAUGCUCAGAGAGGAAAACCAACUGAGUUGUCUUGCCGUCUCAACAAUGAUCAGGUCAAGGGAACUUGGUUUAAAGACGGAGUGAAGGUAACAGGUUUAGCAGCAAUCUCCACUGAGAAAAACGGCCCAGUCCACAAAUUGAUGAUAGACAAAGUAGAAGACAGGCAUGCUGGAAAAUAUAAAUUUGAAGCUGAAGGCAUCUGCACAGAAGCAUCUAUUUUUGUUGAAGAUCCUCCAGAUGUUGAUUCCAUAGUUCUGGAAAAACUAAAGAAGGAACCUAUUGUGGUAAAGGCAAGAAAAAAUGCCAUGGUUAAGAUUCCAUUUGAAGGUCGGAAGCCAAUCAGAGUAAUGUGGCUAAAGGAUGACCAGGAACUUCUGGAUGAUGAGGGCAGGAUAAACAUAGAUUCUUCAGAGAGCUUUACUCGACUCUCUAUAUCUAGCACCAGCCGAAAGGAUACUGGAGAUUAUAAAGUGAGAUUAAAGAAUGAGUGUGGAAGUUUUGAAGUUCCUCUCAAGCUGGAAGUGAUAGAUAAGCCACAAUCACCAACCGGACCUAUAGCAGUUGUAGACAGUUCCGCAAAUGGCAUAACUAUUCAGUGGAAGCCCCCAAGAGAUGAUGGUGGUAAACCAAUCCAGAGUUAUAUUAUUGAGAGGCAACAGGUUGGUAGAAAGACCUGGGUGACACUGGGAAAAACCAGUGGAAGCUCUACUAUUUUCACCACCAACAAAGUGGAACAUGACACAAGCUAUUACUUCAGGGUGAAAGCAGUGAAUUCCUUGGGCACUAGUGAGGCCCUGGAAUCUGAUGAAGUCAUGGCUGCUGCAAAAGCUUCUCCAAGCCCUCCUGCUCCACCUAAAGUUAUCAGUGCCAACAAAGAUGCCAUCACAAUUUCAUGGUCUGCACCACAUAAAAUAGGGAAUUCCCGGAUUUUGGGCUACAGAGUUGAAAAACGCAAGAAGGGCAGCAACUUCUGGACAUCUGUCACUGAUUUGCCCAUAACAGACAGGAAAUAUACAGUGAAUGAUUUGAAGGAGGGACUGCAGUAUGAAUUCCGUGUGGCCGCCAUCAAUAAAGCAGGUGUGGGUGAGGCUAGUGCUUCUUCAGAAGCUAUUUAUGCUCGACAUCCUAUGAAACCUCCAGGUCCAGUGAAGGAUCUAAAAGUGGUUAAUGCUGACUACUGUAGCAUCUCUUUAUCAUGGAUGAAACCAGAAUCAGCAGAAGAAAAUUAUGUCAGAGGAUAUAUUGUUGAGAUUCGACAUUCUGAUACUCUGAAAUGGACCCAGUGUAAUACUGUCCCAAUGCGAACAACUGCAUAUACAGUUAGAGGAUUGAAAGCUAGGGAGACAUAUUUCCUACGCGUGAGAGCAAUUAGUGAUGGUGGUAUGGGUGACCCAGUUGAAGCUGAUACUUGUGUUCAGGCAGUACCUUCUUCUGGUGGGCAAGAGGCUGGAGAACGAAAUGAUAUGAUUCAGUGUAAUGAGGAUAAGGACAGAAAGGUCAGAUCUUAUGAAGGACCAGUUAACCCCAAGUUCUUAGUGAAGGAUACUGUUGAAAGUUUCAUGAAUGUGAAAGCAGGGGAUGCCAUCCACGUGCGUAUUCCUUUUGAAGCAUCCUCAUCUUCUGAAGUGAUUUGGCUGAAAGAUGGACUUUCUCUGCCAGUAAAGGCCACAACUGCCACCAGAGAAAGACUGAGCCAACUCAUCAUACCAGAAGCUGAGCUUUCUGACAGUGGACAUUAUGCUAUCAGCCUUCAAACUGAGCAUGGGAGAAAGGAAACAUUCAGUUUUCAAGUUCAAGUUCAAGAUGUUCCAGAGUCUCCUGGUCCUAUACAACUCAUUGAAAAGGUUCCUGGGACAGUGACUCUGAGAUGGGAGCCCUCACCCACAGAAAAGAGAGACAGUAGCAUAACCUACAUGGUUAUGAGAUGUGAUUCCAGAAAAGGAUCGUGGCAAAUGGUGGUUGACCACAUUUACACCAAUAAAUACACAGUUGUAAAUUUUAUCCCAGGUCGGGAAUAUUUCUUCAGAAUUCUGGCAAAAAAUUGUGUAGGGAUCAGCAAGCCUUCUGAAACAGUGAAGCCUUGGAUUAUUCCAAAAGAAAAGGAUAAACCUGAAACGAAGCUUCCAAGAUAUAAGGAGAUCAACCGAGGUCAACCUCCAAGAUUCCUUGUCCAACUAAAACCACAUGUGGUGAAUUUAAGAUUUAAUUGUCAUAUGAGUUGUGCUGUGACUGGAGAUCCAGCCCCUCAGGUCACUUGGUUCAAGGGUAACAAGAAUCUUUCUCAGGAUCCUGCCUUUUUCUGCAAAAAUGAUUUUGGGGUUUGCUCCCUUGUGAUCCCUGGAGUCACAUCAUCAGAUGCUGGCCAGUACAAGGUGCUGGCUGUCAAUGAACUAGGCCAAGCAAUCAGCAAAGCUGAACUAACUGUGAAAGGUGGAGAUUAAAAGUAUGAAAGCUUUUGAAAAAUGCACCCAGCUGUUUCAAGCAGAAAGGACAACAUCCAAGUAUAUCAGUGACUUCUGGAAAUUACUGAAAAGUCAAUUACAUGUGUAUGAAAAAAUCACCAUCCACAGGGAUGGGUCACAGCAAGAAAACGAUUCAUUCAACCAGACCUAACAUAGGUACAUCUAGAGUGUUGUAAUUCACCCCCCUCCCCAGCUAAAAAGUGUUCUGAUAUUUAAAUGCUUCAACUGACAGUGGUUCUGCUGAAAACUGUGAUUUAUGUAUCAAUAUGGAAUUUUAAAUGUUUGAAAGACUAGAAGAAUAGCAAAGGUUUGUAAGAUAUAUUUCAUUAGUUUCAAUCAUUGCGUUACUUAUGCCUGUAUUUCUCUGCAGAAAGAUUAAAAAGCAAUAAAAGACAAGAGUAUAAAGGAGACCUGAAUAUUUUCAUCAGUAUUUUAUUUAUUUAUUUUGAGCUAACAACAUUAAUUUUAUCAAAAGAAUCAAGAUAAGGCUAUGUUUAGGUGUUUCUAGAGAUUGGGUUGCGUUCUGAUUAUUUCCCAAAUGUCUCAAUAAAAUAACAUCCCAUCA